AACUUCUCAAAUAAAUUGCAUCCCACAAUUUCACUUCUAUUAUAUUCCUCUCUCUCAGACUAUCAAAUAAGAUGGGGCGUUUGUUUGCAACUUUCUUCCUUGUAGCUAUGCUGCUUUUGGCCACUGAGAUGGGACCAAUGAGUAGUGCUGAAGCAAGGACUUGUGAAUCACAGAGCCACCGUUUUCAUGGAACCUGCGUCAGGGGUAGUAACUGUGCCUCCGUUUGCCAGACGGAGGGUUUCAUCGGCGGCAACUGCCGUGGUCUCCGCCGCCGUUGCUUCUGCACUCGCAAUUGUUAAAGAUCCAAAGAGAAAGUCCAAAUGAUUGAUCUUUUCACUGUCUCAGUAAUCGUUUCUUUGUUAAAGUUUCCAUAAUAAAUAAGUUGUAUUAAUGCUUAUCAAUAAAGAGUAACUCGUGUUUUACA